UUGAUUGCAUCCUCUCACGUGGUAAUUUCCCCCAGUAGGCCCCGCCGUCUCUCUCUCUCUCUCUCUCUCUCUCUCUCUCUCGGCUAAAUAUACAAAGUGCAAACAAUCGGCCAACUGUGAAGGACUGACACGAGGAGGCGUUCCGUUCAAUUUACCCCACAUCCUCUCUCUGUCACUCUCUGUGCGUCUCAUUGAGAAAGAGUAAUUGAAAUGGCAAAUCUGAACGGAACUACGUCGGAUCUGAAGUCCUCGUUUCUGGGGGUAUACUCUGUCCUCAAAUCCGAACUCCUUAAUGACCCUGCUUUCGACUUCACUGAUGAUUCUCGUCAAUGGGUCGACCGGAUGCUGGACUAUAAUGUACCUGGAGGGAAGCUGAACCGGGGGCUGUCUGUAAUUGAUAGCUACAAGUUGCUUAAAGAAGGAAAGGAACUAACCGAGGAUGAAAUAUUUCUUGCAGGCGCCCUAGGCUGGUGUAUUGAAUGGCUACAGGCAUAUUUUCUUGUUCUCGAUGAUAUUAUGGAUAACUCACACACGCGGCGUGGCCAACCUUGUUGGUUCAAAGUGCCCAAGGUUGGAAUGAUUGCUGUAAAUGAUGGUGUUUUACUUCGCAAUCACAUCCCUAGGAUUCUCAAGAAGCACUUCAGAGAGAAGCCUUACUAUGUUGAUCUGCUGGAUUUAUUCAAUGAGGUGGAGUUCCAAACAGCUUCAGGACAAAUGAUAGAUUUGAUUACUACGCUUGAAGGAGAAAAGGAUCUAUCCAAAUACUCAUUGCUGCUUCACUGCCGCAUUGUUCAGUACAAGACUGCCUAUUACUCAUUCUACCUUCCGGUUGCAUGUGCAUUGCUUAUGGCAGGCGAGAACUUGGAAAAUCAUAUUGAUGUAAAGGACAUUCUGGUUCAAAUGGGGAUAUACUUUCAAGUACAGGAUGAUUAUUUGGAUUGCUUUGGUGAUCCAGAAACAAUUGGCAAGAUUGGAACAGAUAUUGAAGAUUUCAAGUGCUCUUGGCUGGUUGUGAAAGCAUUGGAACGUUGCAACGAAGAACAGAAGAAAGUGUUAUAUGAGCAUUAUGGGAAAGCAGAUUCUGCUGAUGUUGCAAAAGUGAAAGCCCUCUAUAAUGAUCUAGAUCUUCAGAGUGUAUUCACGGAGUAUGAAAGCAAGAGCUAUCAAAAACUUACAAGCUUUAUUGAAGCUCAUCCAAGCAAAGCAGUGCAGGCAGUGUUGAAGUCCUUUUUGGGUAAGAUAUACAAGAGGCAGAAAUAGAAACCAUUUCGGAGGAGGAAAAAUGAAGCAGAGGAAGGUUGGAUGAAGUGAAAUAAUCCUAUUGGCUGUUGUGAUUUGUAUUUGUAUUUGUAUUUGAAUGUGUAUUUUGUAUGAGUUGAGGAAGGACAGGGGCUCCCGUGUCCUAUUCGUGUUGAACAACUGGGUCUUGAUGUGGUAGUUUAUAUGGGCUUCCGACAUGAUUUUGUUCUUCUUAAGCUCAAUAUACAUGAGCUCCCCUCCCUGGAUAUCCAACCAGUUCACUCAAUCUGAUUUGGGAGAAAAUAUUGCCUGCAC